AUGCAACCUGAGGCAUCGUCACAACUUUUGCUCGACGGGCGGGGAAUCCCCUCCUCGGCUGGCGAAUCCAGCCCGGGCACCAGAGGCGUAUCUCUUGUUGGCUCCAACAUCUUCUCCCAGACGACUGUGGCUGCGGAAGUGGUAACACCGUCGUCAAUCGACCCGAAUACAAUCGACCCGAAUACCACUCUCUUCGAGCUUCUACAUACACUGCCCGCUCCAGCUCCAGACCCCACGCCCUUUGCGCAAUCCCUCGAUGACAACACGGCGUUCGGCAUCGUCCCAGGCACUUUCAUGGAUCUCCCCGACUCUGCUUCGAAACUACCUCCUUCGGCCCCAGAGGACUUGUCGCAGCCGUCGACUGAAUUCAGCUCAGUCGCAGCAACCCCAGCGUCAUCGGUGGACACUAUAUCGGCCAUCGAUCAAGCUCUGCUCAUGCAGCACCUCCCGACCCUCCUGAACCACUUCGUCAACACAUACUCGCAGGUUGUCUCUGUUCUCGGGUCCGGCGAGAACUCGUUUACCAGUUAUCUCAUGCCCCUGGCAUCGCGAUCACAGCUCGUCCUCUGGGCAUUGGUUGGUUGGGCAGCCUCGCACUUGUCGUUCACCGGCGAGCCAUAUGCGUCCUUGGCGAACACGGCUGUCAAGAUGGUGGAGCAAGAAGUGCGUGGCCUCGAGGCGGUGGAGGACAUGGGAGAGGAACAGCAAGAGGAGAGCAUGCUGGCGCUCCUCAUCUUGGGCGGCAUCUACGUCUACCGCGGGGACGUUACCGACUGGGUAAAGCGGCUACCGCAGACACGCCGGAUCUUGCGCACAAUCAACGCCACGAGCAAUGUCGAGACGAGCGAGACGUGGCGAUCCAUCGCCUUGAACCUCGUCUAUCACGACACCAUGUCGUCGCUGGCGACGUGCCAACUCGUGUCCCUCCCUUUCGACUUUUACCAGCAGAUCCUGCUCAAGUGCAACUCUUCGCCUGACAUCUGGAUGGGCGCGACCAUGCAAGUCUUCGGUCUCCUCGGGGAAACGGCUGUCCUCGCCAGCGAGAUUUCUUUGAUUGCAAAGCUGCCGCCAACGCGCGAGAAUGACUGGCAGCUCGACAACCUCCUGUGCAAGCAGUUCUCGCUCGUCUCGCGCCUCCGCCGCCUCGAGCUGCCCCUCGCGUCCCUCUCCGCGGACCAGUUACACCUUUUGGCUGGGUUCGAGAUCUGGAAGCUGGCUACCGAGCUGUAUCUACGCCACGCCAUAAAUCAUUAUGGGUCAUCCGAUCUAUGUUCGCGCGGCUUGGCGAGGCGCAUCCUCAACAAUCUUCGCAAUGUUCUCGGCACACCAUCCGAGACUCACAUGCUCUUUCCUCUGUUCAUUGCCGGGGUGAGCACGGUCGAUGCGGCCGAACGCGAGAACGUGGCAGACAUGUUCUCUCAUUUCAAGGAGCGCGCCAGGACUGGUAACAUUCAGACUGUGUACAGUCUGCUGCUGGAGGUAUGGAAGCGAGACAAGGAUGGAGACCGCUUCGUGGACUGGAGAGCAAUCGCCGACGAGUCGGACACGAUGAUCUCAUUCGCCUGA